UUAGUACUUUUUGAUAUGGAGAACAAGAAUGUCACCAAGAUGGCUCUUGUUUUUCUCUCAUUCUUGUGUCUCAUUGCUUUCUCAAGGGCUGUGGUCUCGAACCGGAUUGGUAUAAACUACGGGCGACUAGGAAACAACCUUCCACCUCCAGCACGGUCGAUUGAACUUCUUCAGAACAUGAGCAUUGGUCGUGUCAAACUCUACGAUGCUGAUCACGAGAUCCUCAACCUUCUAUCACAGACAAAUAUCGAUGUGGCAAUAACAGUUGCUAAUGAUGAAAUCUCCGGAAUAGCAGCAAACCAACACCUUGCAGACCAAUGGGUAUUUGAGCAUAUCUUAACUCACUAUCCAAACACAAGAAUUCGGUUUGUACUCGUUGGAAAUGAAAUCUUGAGCACCACAACCACAGCUCAAGAUUUACAAAUAGCUCGUGAUCUUGUACCCGCUAUGCGACGAAUCAAGAACACGAUUAAAGCACAAGGCAUCAAAAACAUCAAAGUUUCAACCCCUCUUGCCAUGGAUAUGAUGCAAACCACAUUUCCACCUUCAAAUGGGACUUUCAAGCCAGAAAUACGCGAACUUAUGAUACCGUUGUUAAAAUACUUAAACGGAACAAAAUCUUAUAUCUUCUUAGACGUUUACCCUUAUUUUGCGUGGUCAGAAAGCCGAAGAAAUAACCAAACGGGCAUCAACCUUGAUUACGCUUUACUAAAAAGCGUAAACCAAACGUACACUGACCCACAAACCGGGUUAGUGUACAACAAUCUUCUGGAUCAAAUGCUUGACUCGGUGGUGUAUGCAAUGGCUAAACUAGGAUAUGAUGACAUGAUGCUUGGUAUUGCAGAAACGGGUUGGCCACACGAAGGUGACUCAAAUGAAAUCGGCGCAAACAGAGAAAAUGCAGCAGAGUAUAACAACAAUGUGGUUCGAAAAAUGUCUGCGGUUCCAGCCACUGGGACCCCGGCUAGACCUGGUGUAGUCAUUCCGACUUUUAUAUUUUCGAUGUUUGAUGAGAAUCAAAAGUAUGGACCGAGUACCGAAAGGCAUUGGGGCUUGUUGCAUCCUAAUGGAACCUCUGUUUAUCAGAUGAAUAUAACCGCGAAAGGUGUCCCGUCUGAUUAG